GAAUACUUCAUCGAUGCAUAUAACCAGACUUCGGAGGUUUUGAUAUCGCUCCCGUCGUACGUCCCAAGCCCCAAGACGUUGAUUCGAUUUUCCUUAAGACGUCGAUUCAAUCUCCAAGGUGAGAUUCAUCGUUCAAAACCAUAAUGUUAUACGGUUGGGGUUCCACUCGAUUCUUGCUUCCAUCUCCACUCCUGAUUCGAUUCUCGAUUCUCGAUUCAAUCUCCAAGGAUCAAACCAUGAAAGAGGGUAAAUCAAGCGGUGGUACGAGAAAAGCCGAUACCAAGUUGGCUGUGAAGAAAACUCAAGCCAAAGGGAAAGCUGUCAAGGAUCCCAAUAAGCCUAAGAGACCUGCUAGCGCUUUCUUUUUAUUCAUGGAGGAGUUCAGGAAACAAUUUAAAGAAGAGAACCCUGGCAACAAAUCUGUUGCUGCUGUUGGUAAGGCUGGUGGGGCGAAAUGGAAGACAAUGUCAGAUUCUUGGUUUCUGAAAUGAAUAGUAGAAGGUGUAGGGAGUUUAUGCGCUACUUU